UUUAUGUGUAGAUAGAGUGGUGACUGAGUUGAGUUGGCUGUGUACAAUUCGGAUAAGAGAGUCUCCUCCUCCACUUCGAGAUCGAAACCACAACAAACAACAACCACUUCUUAAAUGGAUCCUCGUACCAUCAACUUCAACGUCCUCCGCAGACAUGACCCUCAGAUCUCAUCCAUCCUCGACUCAACCUCAUAUGCAGUCAUCUACCGCUACUUCCAUGGGGCCUGGUCAAAGACUGGCUUCGAAGGCACCCUCUUCAUCUUCCAGCGUGACACCCAUCCGUUCUAUGGGGUCUUCGUGCUCAACCGCCAAGGACUCGAUAACCUCUGCGAAGGGCUGCUCUCUGGCUGGGAUGUCGACCUCGACGAAGGCUUGAUCAUCUGGAGGAGCGCCGGAGCAACCGGAGAUGCAGACGACGACGUCAUCUACGGCAUCUGGGUCUAUGAGGAGAAAGAUCGAACGCGAAUCGCGACUACCAUGCAGGAGCUCAUCGAAACUGCCUCGGCUAGCCAAAAACCACCAUCAACACAACAACAAGAACAACAACAACAGCCAACACAACCACCGCCCUCAUCAUCCCCUCCUCCAGUCUCACUCUCCCAUCCAGUACCCCGAGUACCGAUCAUCACUGCCGGCCAGACCAUCUCACUCGAUCAACUCUUCGGUGUCGGCUCAGUCUGCUCUGAACCUCCACCUCAGACCUCAGCCUUACCUCAUCCGGGUGCAUCGGUCACCGAUCCAGACGAAGAAAAGGAAAACCUAUUACCCUCGCAAGUCAUGAGCCCCGAUCCAUCCGAUCUACCAAAAGGAAUGCAACUACUCGACUCCCUCUUCCAAAAAGCUGCCAUCAAAUCUCAACCAGGCUCACAUCAAUCCAACCCCGCCGCUAACUCUGAACCGACCCACCAACAUCCUACAUCGAUUCACCAACUCCUCAACCAACUCUCUGGCACCGGCUCAAAGCCACAAAACCAGAUCAAUCCCAACCAUCAACCAUCAUCUCAACCGACCCACAACCGAAGAGAUCGCCGUCAGAGCUCAGGCCAAGAGAAUUUCAAACAUCAAUCUGCGACGAUCGACCAGUCAGCAGCUCAACCCGCCCAUCGCACGAUCAACCCAAACCAUCCUACCACUCGCACCGAUUAUCCUCGAUCCAUCAACCACCCUCACUCUCGUCGGAGCAGCGGCGGCUCUUCCUCGCAUAGUCGGAAUACUAAGAUCCCCAUCAGCCUCAACCCUACUACCCAAUCCCACCCACAUACCCUGCCAGGAACCGACCAUCCAGUCAAUCUCGUCCCAGCCCCGGUGCCGAUCGAGAAUGCUAAUGCUGAAGCUCGCCACAACAUCUUGAGCUUACUCGGUCACCCUGCUGCCACCCGGCCGGAUGAUGUCUAUUCGGCGGGAACGACGCUCCCCAACCCAACACUCGUCGCACCCCCACCGGGCAAUAACCAUACCGUCUGGCCGCACUCAUCCCCCGAUAGUCGUGGAGCCAGCAAUCCACGUAACCUCUACUCCCCGCAACAACACUCGCAACAGGGAGCCGGUCCUACGAGCCACCAUGCCUACAGCAGUCCCAGAUCUCGCGUGGCCUCCCAGGAACCCUCGCCUCACCUCAACUCACAACAACAACAACCACUACAGCAGGGAUUCCACCAACACCCGCUACCGAUCCCUUCCUAUGGCACCUCGGCCGAUCGGACGCCACCUCGAGGAGCGCAGAUCAGUUCGGCUAACCACUCUCCCAACGGGCCCCGUCCGCCGAUCGAUUCGCGACACCCACACCAGUCGUCCGGGGCGGCGAACAACGCCAGUGCAGGCUCGGCCGGCUCCCAGUCGACCACCCAUCCCAACGGGGGCGGCGGCUCGGCAUGGACGUUCGACAAGCUUCCCAACCGCGCCCUUAGUCCGCUCAACCCGGCCCGUCAGUCGCCGGCCAGUCUUGCCGUCCAUCGCGCCCGAGCAGGCCCUCACGGAUACUCCAAUAACACUCACACUAAUAACCGCAAGUCUUUCCAACCAACCCGGCAACAACAACAACAACAACAACACUUGCCGGUCGAAAACUCGCCCCCGCUCGUCAACGAUUCCUCUAGACCCAGUCGCUCUCACUCGUACAACGAUCACAACACGACCAGUGCUUCGAACACUCGUCAGUCUCCUUCCUCAACUACCACGACUGCUCACCCUCCCGGCCCAACCGUCGUCAACUCGAAACUCGCAGUCGAAAGCUUGGACCGGCUCUUGGUCGACCACAACCUCGACCCGCAAUCUCAUCAUCCUCAUCAGCAAACCGUCGAUGCUGAUAAUCCAUUGGACAAGGCGCAUUUCGUUAAUUCUAUCCUGGACUUGAUUAACAAUAAUGGACCGUUUGUGGACACGUUGUAUGCCCGAUACUUGGCCCGUUAUGCUGAAAAAUACUUGUGAACAUCCGGCCUCUUUUUCUCGCUCUCUUCAUCCCCCCUUCCCUCCCUUACCCUCUCUAUCCCUCUGAACAACCUUGCCAUUCUUUUCUUGGUUCUUUAUCUCUCCCUCUUCUUUUCCCCUUUCUUUUUUUUUGUUUCUGUGAACCCAUUUACAUAUACAUAUGAAUUCCAUUCCAAUCGGGCCACCAAAAGAUUAUCCAUAUUCAUAUACAUCUACAUAUAUA